AUGGCUGGUAGAACCCAAGAUGAAGAAUAUGGAGCAGUGCAGACCCUGCCCGCCGGCCCCGACAUCCUGCGGACCUACUCCGGCGCCUUCGUCUGCCUGGAGAUCUUGUUUGGGGGUCUCGUCUGGAUUUUGGUUGCCUCCUCCAACAUCCCUCUACCUCUGCUACAAGGAUGGGUCAUGUUCGUGUCCGUGACAGCUUUUUUCUUUUCCCUCCUCUUCCUGGGAGUGUUCCUCUCCCGCAUGGUGACUCAAAUUGAUGCCAACUGGAACUUCCUGGAUUUUGCCUACCAUUUUACAGUGUUUGUCUUCUACUUUGGAGCCUUCUUAUUGGAAGCAGCAGCCACAUCCCUGCACGAUCUGCAUUGCAAUACAACCAUGACUGUGCAGCCGCUCCUGAGCGAUAACCAGUAUAACAUAAACGUAGCAGCCACAAUUUUUGCCUUUGUGACGACAGCUUGUUAUGGUUGCAGUUUGGCUCUGGCUUUACGAAGGUGGAGACCAUAACACUCCUUAGAAACUAACAGUCGUGCGUUAGUUUUAUGUCUACUUUGUAUCUCUGAUCAGUCUGGAUACCAUUUUAUCCAGAUGUAACAACCUUCCAAUUUGUUUAGUGUAGAAAGAGAAACUAAGUGCAAGUUUUGGUUUAUUUCAUGGAUGGAAUUUUAAUUUUAUUUUGAUAUUGAGUGGAGAAAUAGCCUUCAAUUUUAUAUGUUUCUUUUUUUUUUUAAGAAAAUUUUCUCUUUGUAUUCAUAUUGUUCAUAAAAAGUAGUAUCCCUUUGUUUUGUUGCUGAGUACCUAAACCUUAAUUUUAAUAGGUAACUAAGGCUCCCUAAACACAUUUCAAAUAGACUUCCCAUUGAACUCAAUCUUUUAGUGUAAAACAGGGACUGGCACCUUUUUUCUAUAAUAGGCCAGAUGGUGAAUAUUAUAUGGGCCAUACAGUCUCUGUUGCAACUAUUCAAUUCUGCUGUUGUAACUUGAAAGUAGCUAUAAGACAAUACAUAAAUGAAUGUGGCUGUGUUCUAAUAAAACUUUACUUACAAAAACAGCAGGGAGGCUAGAUUUGGCCCACAGGCUAUAUUUUGUUAACCUCUGUUGUAAACUGUAGUUAAGUGUUCUGUAUUUUAUUUAAUUGAUCAUGAAAGGUUAUAAACCUAAUUAGACAAGCAACAUAAUAUUUAAUCUCAUAUGCAAUAAUCACAUUGCCUUUGUGUUGUCAAAUACCCUUGGAAGGGUAUAUAGUUUCUCAAGCUAACUGAAGCAAUGUUUUGGGUAUAGGAACAAGCAAUAUAUUAAGUGAACCCUAGUUGUUUAAUCAAACUAAUGAUCUCCUAACAACUGAGCAAGACUCUCAUCUGAAAGUCUUUAAAAUGGGAUCCCUGGAGACCAUUAGUAACUACUGGAAUGGUAUCUAGCUACUUAUGUUUUACAUUGGAUUUAUUUAUGCUUCAGAAUACAGCUGUUUCCUCUGUGCAUGAAUGUUCAAAUAUUUGUGUGUGGAUAUGUGAGCCUUUUCCAAAUAGAGCUCCCAGAAGAGUUAACUUUUUACUUCUAAUUACUUUGCAUUACUUUCUCAGUUAAAUUUGAAUGAAGUAUUAAAUAUAACAAAGUUGUAGAUUCUUAUGUUUUGAUAAUAUCCCAGACAUCUAUGUUUUUGUUUUUGGGGUUUUUUCCCUAUUGGUAACAGAUAGGCAAUAGCAAUUUUAAAACAAUAGACAGCACAAACACUGUCUCUGGCCGAAUAUCACAGAAAAGUAUUUUAACCCACCUGUACAGAUCCUGGUCAUGGAAAUGUGCCAAAAUGGCUUGAAUGGGAGAAGAAGUUAGAGUUAGGCCACAGUUCUCAAUAUGCUAUCCAAGCAAGGUAGGUGUCUCUUGUCCCCAGAGGACUACUUCUGGGAUGAGAGGGGUUUUGGAUUACACUAUUCUUUCAGCUCUUUGCUUUCUGUCUGAAUCAUCCCCUGCAAGUGCCAUGUAUAAGUUAGGCUAUUAGAUUUCAUGGAACAUAGAAUAGCCAUGAGUGAGUAGCAUGAUCAGUGCUCAGUAAUCAAAUGCUGUUUAUCUAAUAAUCCCCUAGAAAGAAGAACCUUGUUAGAGCUUGGCUUCGUGCGCGAUAAAGUUAUGAAGACAAAAGACUGUUUCAAUAUGUGUCUUGAGGAAAUCAGUCUUAUGACUUUAUUGUCAUGUUAUAUCUUUUGUAUAAUAUCAGACUAGGUUUUUCUAGCUUCAUACCACACACCUAACCCUGUAUUAUGAAUUACACGUUACAAAGUCAUAAAUGUGCCAUAAGGAUAUAUAAGUCCAUUCUAGUUAGAAUCAUUUAAAGUUAAUCUGCUAGAAUUUAGUUGUGAGAUUUUGUUUUUGUUUCCAAAGUAUAAGAGGUCCAUGCCUGGUGGCAUUAAAUUAAAUGAUUUUGUUAAAAUGCUUUGGUGGCACUUUUAUAAAUGGAUUGCUUCUAGAUCAUUAAGAACCAAGCCUAAAACUCAUCUAACUGUGAAUACUUAGAUUUAUAGAUUAAUAGCAUUCUAGCAUUCUAAAUUUGUGAGCUGAAUGACAAAGGACUUGAACAAAAAUUAUGGCAUUUAUGAAUUUCUUUACAUAUUUUAGCUAUAAAAAUGAGAAAGUGUUGGUUUGAAAAUCUGGUAACUCCAUGAUGAAAAGAAAUUUAUUUUAUAAGUGUUAUGACUCUAAUAAAGUAUUCAUUUGAUAAUCUUUUUGGUCAUCUAUUUUUUAUACCAUUCACUUUGAAAAUCAGUUAAAGGUUUGAUAUAAUGUUGGUGGAGUUUCUAGAUUCAUAAUGUAUAAAAGAGUUCUGUUUUAAACAUUUCUGUAUCAAAGAGAGUCUCGGGAAAUGUCAGUAAAUCUUUUUUCUUUGAUGAAAGUGAGAGAGGUAAGUGUUUGGAAGUAGUAUUGCGAAGGAAGUUCAAAUGAGGAUCAUACUCUGUUUUAUUUAAAAAGCAUUUAUAGAGUGGCUUCAUAUCUUCCAGCCAGUGUUCUAAGCAGUUUUUCAAAUAUUAAUUCAGGCUUCAUCAUAACAACUCUAUGGGGUGGAUACUAUUAUUCCCUUUUAAAGAUUAGGGGAUUAAAACACAGACUUUAAGAAACACCCAGGGCCACCUACCUACCAAGUGAGAAAGCUGGGAUUUAAACUCCACACUGUGGCUUCAAAUCCAGGCUCUCAACUGCUGUGUAUGCCUUAGUUUUCCCAGAUUUAACAUAUAUACCUAAAUAUGUGACCCUUUUCAUCCCCAAAGAGAUUUUUAGCAGAAGGUUUAACAACAUAAUUGUUUAUGGUAGGUGUCAUCUUUUAGAACCUUUUUGCCAUAACCAGCGACUCAUGAUUUUAGCAGUUAGAAUUUAGGCCAUACCUGCACAAUGGGGAAGAGGUUAGGCAGCUUUAGUCUGCAAAGGUCCCUAGGAGUGCUUGAUGCCUGAAUAUUUCUCCACUCCGUUAAUUCUGGAGUGGACUAUGGAGCUUCAGUCAGCUCCAUUACCUUACGUGGACUCAGCCUUUUCCUGAAUUAUCCUGGCUUCCUAAUCAUGCCUGGAACUGACUUCAGAAGGGUUCUCACACCUGAGAUACACCAUUCAAUCUUUACACAUAGACUAGGAAUUUCCAUCUCUGCAUAUUCCAGAAGCUGGAAUUCAAGAUAAUUGUUACAAAGUUUCUAUCCUUAACAUCAUUCUUCAAGUUUGAUACUCAGUGAGUCAUCGUCUCUGAUGGCAACUUAAAGUAUUCAUGGGGAUGGGGUCCAGAGUUUGGGGGGAGGUUAUCAUCUUUAGAAUUCACGGGUACUUCAGAAAGUUCAUGGAAAGAUUUGUAUUAUCUUUUCAUUGUAUAUUUCCACAAACUUUUUGAAGUACCCUCAUUUUUUUAAUGUUUUGAAAUUGCAGCUUUAUAAAAAGAGCAUGUUGCUUGUACUUUUAUUAGGCUAUGCCUGUAGUAAAACAUCAGUGCUCUUUUCUCUCUCUGAAGCACUCUUUUCUCAAGUACUUAUGUGGCUUGCUUCCUCGCCCUCUUUGGGCUUUUGCUUAAUUGUCACCUUUGCAGAAUGGCCUUGCCUGAGAACCAUGUUUAAACUUGGAUCCCACACUAGCGCUUCCUGUUCUCCUUUCCUGCAUUUUUCUCCAUGGCACUUAUGACGUAUUUUAUAUAUAGUGUAUAUGUAUAUAGCAAUAACUUAUGUAUUUACUUUGUUCCCAUCUCCACUGGAAUGUAAGUUUUGUGGACAGUAAUCAUCUGUUUGGUUCGCUGCUACAUCCACAAUGCCUAAAAUAGAGUAUAGCAAAUAGCAGGCACUCAGCAAAUAUAUAUGAAUUAGUGAAUGAAUGAAUAUUAAUGGCAAUACCUUACUCUCAUGUUCCCUUCAAUAUAUUCUGUAAAAAUUGAUGUUGUUUGCACUUGAACAUUUUUAGUAUUAAAAUGGCUACUUGUUUUAACCUAGGUAUGGAUGUAAUUAGGGGUAAAAUCUAACCUUAAGGGAUGUCUAGUAAUUAAAUAUAUGUGUGUUGUAAAAACACUAUAUCAUCAGUUCUCUAUAUCAGAAUUGUAUGUAUAAAAAUUAGGCAUCCCAUCUAAAUUCAUUAGAUCUUUAUUUCAGUUUUUGUCAUGACUAAAGACGUCACUGUAGACUCAACUGACAUAUAAUCUUCAAAGCGUCAUCAGAAUUAAGAACUAAUGGUUAAAGGCUGUAAUUUUUCUAUAUUUGUAAUGGGAGUGGAGGGCUAUGGCUAAUACUUUGUGUGAGAAAUAAUGAUAGACAUUGUUCUAAAUAUAAAAUGAGGUGGAGAUAUCUAUAUAUGUAAUGUAGAAUUUUAAUUUUUAAUGUUUUCCAACUCCAUGCUUUAUCCUCGGGUAUGUGUGAGAGAUAGUCUAGAUAAAGGGUAUUGCUGAAUUCCUUAUCUUUGGUUUUGAUGUAUCAUUCUAAGUGUGUCUGAUAUCCUGGGUCAUUACACAAUUUAACUAAAGUUCUGGUGCAUCAGUAGACUGAGUCACCCUGCGUUUUCAUGAAAUUGUGCAUGUUGUUGACAGUUAAAUAUGCAUCGUACUAAAUACACCAAAACUUUUGUGUGAAAUUUUUUGGAAUGUGAAUAAUCUUGUUUAUUUAUGUACAUAAGUAUUUAAAAAUUUUUAACAGUGACUCAUUAAAGAUUGGUUACUUUUAGACUAAGUUUUAACAGUUAUCUCUCGAUUUUGAUUAUACAUACCCUACUAUUGUAUGUAGAAAAUAUGAACUAAUGUCAACUUAUUUUAACUAUUAGUAAUGCAUUUAAAUUUAUAGGUCAUAAGAUAUAGUUUGAUUAUUUCCUUUUGUCACCCUGUGUAAUUUAGUAUCUUGCAUAUUUCUUAAGGUGUGUAUACUCCAUUUUAGAGGGCAGAGGAACAGAGCACUGACCUUGAGGUCAGAAAGCUGGACUUAUCUCCUUUGCUGAUUUGAUGGAAGUGUUAAAUAAGAUAAAAAGGUGAUAAUAAGUUCUAAUGUAGGGUCUGGCAGCCAUAGACAUUGACUUUAUCAGUACCUGUGGUUUGGCUUCCCCAUAAGAUGAUAGGUACUACAUUCCUUUAGAGUGACAAAGUUGCCUGAACUCUAAUAAUUAAUUUUUGGCCAAAUAUACAGGGUUUUUUUUUUUUAGUUUUAUUUUACUUUUAAUUGAUAAAUCAUAAUUGUAUAUGUUCAUGGGGUACAGUAUGAUGCUUCAAUACCUGAAUACAUUGUGGAAUGAUCAAAUAUACUUUUAUAGAACAAAUGAAUUCUCAAUAAAUAAAUAUGUUAUGCUCUUUCCCAAUGUGACAUGA